AUGGACCCCUUCGAAUCCGAAUCCGAAUCCGAGGGUCUUGGCUUCCGUGAUUCGGAUACCUCCCGCGACCAAGACUGGUACUUCACGAUGCACUCCGACCCCAAUACCAUGGAUAAGAUCGCCCCGACACUCGAGGAGCUCGAGUCGGCGUUGUUGGGUGUUGUUGUUUACAAACUGUCGUCACAGAAUCCCGCUAAAGACCAGUCAGUUUCGAGUUUGGAGCCAGAAAGAAUCGGUCUCUUGUAG